AUUCUAUCGAAUCCGGGUACUAUUUUUGGUCCAUUUCUGGAAUCUAUCACCUUUUCUUUUUUUUUCAAUAUACCAAAAUUCCACUACAUGUCUGAAAUUUUACCUCUUUAUUUUUGAACCAAUACACUUCAUAAAGCUUCUGGCAGUGGCAGAUAUAUUUUGCUUUCAACCCCAAUCAAUCUUUACUUCUCAGCCAAUAGUUCCGAAAUAAAGUCUUUUCAAUAACAUGUCUACUACUGAUAAAUUCAGAAUUCAAUGAUAGAAAGAAGAAAAAAACUAGUAGAAUACUAUCUAGAGAGGAUCUUUUUUUUUUUAUGGGGUCAUCUUCAGUUAAUGAUCCUUACAUUAUGGAAGAAGGAGGACAACAGCUUGAUCAUGUUAUCGGUGAACGAUCAAGAAUGUUGCUUAAUGCUCCUGACCCGCCGGGUUUGUGUUCAGAGUUUGGUAGUUCGAUAAAAGAGAUUGUUAACUUGCCUAAUGGUAACAAGUCUUAUAGUGGUAAGAAGAAACCAGAAGUUAAACAGCACGUUGGUUCGCUUUUACGUGGGCUGUUUCCGAUACUUAGUUGGGGAAGGAUUUAUACGUUAUCGAAGUUUAAAAGCGAUUUGAUGUCGGGUUUAACUCUAGCAAGUUUAAGUAUUCCACAGAGUAUUGGUUAUGCAAAUUUGGCGAAGCUCGAUCCUCAAUAUGGUCUAUAUACAAAUGUUGUUCCACCGUUGAUUUACGCACUAAUGGGGAGUUCGAGAGAGAUAGCGAUCGGACCGGUUGCGGUCGUUUCGCUCUUAUUGUCAUCCAUGGUACAGAAAAUAAUUGAUCCAGUAGAGGAUCCAGCUGGUUACAAAAGAUUUGUUUUCACUGUAACUCUUUUUGCUGGUACAUUUCAAGCUGCUUUCGGAUUGUUAAGGUUGGGUUUUUUGAUAGAUUUUCUUUCACAUUCUGCUAUUGUUGGGUUCAUGGGAGGUGCAGCUAUAGUUAUCGGCUUGCAGCAACUGAAAGGACUGCUUGGAUUCACUCACUUCACCAAUAAUACUGAUGUUAUCUCUGUCGUUCGUGCAGUUUGGCGAUCAUUUCAUGAUCCGUGGAGUCCUCUUAACUUUAUCCUGGGUUGCUCAUUUCUGAUUUUCAUCUUAUUUGCAAGAUUUUUGGGUAGGAGGAACAAAAAACUAUUCUGGUUACCAGCCAUUGCGCCACUCGUAUCUGUAAUUUUAUCAACUCUCAUAGUUUAUCUAACGAGAGCUGAUAAACAUGGAGUUCGCAUAGUAAAACAUAUCAAUAAAGGGUUGAAUCCAAGUUCAGCAAAAGAAUUACAGUUCACUGGCCCUCAUGUUGGAGAGGCGGCAAAAACCGGGUUAAUAUGCGCUAUCAUCGCUCUCACCGAAGCAAUUGCUGUUGGCCGAUCUUUCGCGGCCAUUAAAGGCUACCAUAUUGAUGGGAACAAAGAAAUGGUUGCAAUAGGCUUCACAAACAUUUUAGGAUCCUUAACUUCUUGCUAUGUUGCAACAGGUUCAUUCUCAAGAACGGCCGUAAAUUUUAGCGCUGGCUGCGAAACAGCUAUAUCCAAUGUUGUUAUGGCGCUUACAGUGAUCUUAGCACUGGAGUUUCUUACGAGGCUUUUAUAUUACACUCCUACUGCCAUUCUUGCUUCAAUCAUUCUAUCUGCUUUACCCGGACUGAUCGAUAUUAACGGAGCUCGUAAUAUCUAUAAAAUUGAUAAAUAUGACUUUCUUGCUUGCUUUGGAACAUUCCUUGGAGUCUUAUUUGCAUCGGUGGAAAUUGGUCUUCUCAUUGCGGUAACUAUAUCAUUUUCGAGGAUCAUACUGAACUCCAUUCGCCCCGGAAUCAACAAUCUAGGACAACUCCCCGGAACCAAUAAUUUCUGCAGCACAAGUCAGUUUCCAAUGGCCAUUAAAAUCCCUGGUGUCUUGAUACUCCGAGUUGAAUCCUCGUAUCUUGGUUUCGCCAAUGCAAAUUAUAUCAGAGAAAGGAUUCUAAGAUGGGUAACAGAAGAACAAGAAAAUGAAGGUUCAAAGGAAAAUGCAAGGACUCUGCAAGUACUAGUACUAGACAUGUCCAAUGUGCUGAACAUAGACACCUCCGGGCUCCAUGCAUUAGAAGAAUUACACAAGGAGCUAGUUUCAUUUGAUUUGCAGUUGGUAAUAGCAAGCCCUACAUGGAAAGUAAUGCACAAGAUGAAGAUAUCAAAGGUUGUGGACAUAAUUGGAAGUGGAUGGACUUUUCUUACAGUUAGUGAAGCUGUGGAUGCAUGUAUUGGCUCUAAGAUGGUUAAUAGUCUUCCUUAAUAAGUUAGACAGGAUAAACAGGCCUUACGAUGAUGAUUAAACUCGAAUUACCGCUGUUUUAUUGUACGUAAUUUCAAGUUAGCAUAGCAGUACAUACAAUCAUUCAGAAACAGUAGUAAUAUCUAUGGCCUCUAAUUUUGUUCAACAGGCCGCUGCACCUAAGAAAAUUGAGUAAACUAAUUUGUAUUAUAGUUGCUUAAUAGUAAUUACCAUAACAAAGAAAAUCCUGCAAUGAAAUU